AGAUGGCUGAGAAACUUCAGAAGCGCUUGAUUAGAGUGUCUUCCUGCACCAAUACAGAACACACUCUACUGUGAAUUGGGAUAACCUGCCAGAGGCAUCAGCACAAUGCCAUCCGACUUCCUAACACCGUUUUUGGAACUGGAGGAUGAGUUCUGCAAGGUAAGAAUACGUUUUGAAAUGUUUAUUAAUACAUUAGGCUAUAUAGGAUAUGUCUGAAAGUUAUACUUUGGAUUUUAAAUGGUAAAUAAUACACUAUCAAAUUUAACUUUUUAUCAUUUUAACUUGGAUUUGUAUGUGCGCCUUUUUAUCAGUUUUGCCUAAAAAUAAAAGGGUUCAAACUUUCUGAUUCACGUGCAUAACGGUUUCCAUCUCUCAUUCAUUCCUUGCCAAACCAAGCGCAUUAUAGUCAACUUUCGGGAACUUGAUAUGGGCUAUUGUGUUUGCUUGCAGUUUACUGUUUAUUUGGUUCAGCAUAUAUUUACAUUUUAUUAGCUUAACCAUGACUUGAAUCCUCGGUCUUGGAAUGUGACUUUAUUCCUCUCUUGUGUGAUAGAAUUUCCGUGGUCUGGACAUGCCAUAUGACGCACCAGCCACCACUCAGAUGCAGCGCGUCGUGGGAUUUCAGCGCAGACACUCACUAUGCCCCGUUACCCUGCCCAACUCAAAGUUCAACAGCGGCAGCGUGGACCCAAUCGGCGACCCAGCAUACUGGGCCCUUACUAACACUGCUAACCAGCAGUGGAGCCUGAAACACCAGCAACAGUUGCCCCGUUCCUCUCUCAACCACAUCCCAUUCCGUGUGGACCGUUCGGUCAGCAUGAUAGAGGGCCAUGUUGGCAGCCUCGGGUCCAGCGAGCAGCAGCUCCCCACCACCCCUCCUCUGAUGCCCCCACCCGGCCUAAGUAUCAGCACCAGCUCCCUGUCAUCUCCAAAGUCCCUCGCCCCCUCCCCUCCCAUCUCCACCCGGUACAAAACCGAAAUGUGCCGCACUUACGAGGAGAGUGGCACCUGCAAAUACGGAGCCAAGUGUCAGUUUGCCCACGGCAUGGAUGAGCAGCGUGGCUUGAGCAGGCACCCGAAGUACAAAACCGAGCCUUGCCGCACGUUCCACACUAUUGGCUUCUGCCCCUAUGGCGCGCGAUGUCACUUUAUCCAUAACGCAGACGAGCAGCUCGGGCCGGAUGGCGGAGCGCCACCUCAGCGACAAAAUACAACAGAACGCCCACAGCUGCUGCGUCACAGCAUCAGUUUCGCUGGCUUCUCCUCUCCUCAAGCGCUGACCGGAUUCCAACUCGUUCCAGAACCCAUGCUGUUCUCCAGGGCCUCCUCGGUAUCAUCCCCGCCCUCCACAGGUAGCCCAGAAUUGCUGUCCCCAUUGUUUCCAGAGCCUGCUACACUGAAGCACAACUAUCCGUUCUCGUCUGACUUUGGAAACGACCAGAUUAAUAACAACCCUCACUUUUAUACUAUCACUGACUCUAAGUGCCAAACUGUCUGUGUGCAAAAGUCAGCUGUACAGAACUCUCACCGCAAUGCCUUCUCAUUCAGCCGCAUCCCUGCCAUGCAGCGUUGUGCUUCACCUGACUCUCUCUCUGACCAGGAAGGCUACACCAGCUCCAGUAGCCUGAGUGGUUGUGAGUCCCCUGGCCUUGAGGGCAGACGUCUCCCCAUCUUUAGCCGUCUCUCUGUCACAGAUGACUGA